AUCUUGUUCUAUUUCCAUCGUAUCCUUAUCCGUCGUAAGUUGUAAAUAUCUGCCUUCUGCAAAUUUUAUUUUUCUGUAAUAUCGAUCAUGGCUGGCCUGCUGAGUAAACGCAGUCGAGAGGAUGAGCCUUUGCAGGGUUCUUCUCCUAAGCGUUUUCACGCAGAGCAGCAAAUCUUGUAUUUGCUGGAAGAGGAUGAAAGCUUUGAAGGAGAGUGCGUUGAGAGUGAGGAGGUCGUUGAUGGAGUCAGGGGAACGGUGGAGGAAGAAAUAGAGGAGGUUGUAAAUGGAAGGAGAAAUUCUGAGGAAGAAAUUGAUGAGGUUGUUAAUGGAGUUAUGAGAAGUCUCGAGGAAGAAAUUGGCUUGACAUGUUCUUCGUCUUUUUUUGAGGGUUCCGGUGGCUCCUCUGGUCUCAGCACUGAUAAUUUAAUGGCACCUGAUAUGAAUAAUUGCUGCGGGAUUGAUGUAGGAUAUCUUUUGGGAGCUUCUGAUGAUGAGCUUGGCCUACCUCCCAGUCCUCUUUUAAAUUCAGACGAACAGCCCGGUUCUCCUUCUUUAAAUGAAAGCUGUGCUUCUUGUCUGGAUUUCCCCCAAAAUGCAGAGCUGAAGAGCUUUCUUGGCAACUGGCAGUUCGAGGAUGAUUUUGUGGACUACACGCAACUUUCUGAAGAUGCCGAAGCUACCGCCUGGGAUAUCUUUAGCCCAGGGGCGUUCAUUGAUGGCGAUUAUUCUGUGGCAUGUAGACUGGAAUCUGCCGGUGGCAUUUAUUGAUUUCAAAGAAGUCUGAAACUUAAAUGUGCAGUGUAUUUUGGAAUAUCUUUAGAAAAAUUUAUAGAAUGUACAAAUUGAUCUUUCUUCUUA